UGAAACACUAAUUUAAAAAUACAAAUUAAAUUACUAAAACACUAAUUGUCUAUAUACUAGACUGAGUAUGAAAGUAUUUGCCUAGUAUAUUUAUACACAGUAUAUUGCAAGCAGACAGCUGAACCAACCCAACCCCUUGCAGCUAAAGGUCAUUCUCUACCCUCCUACUGAAUAAGUGGUCCAACAGGUUUGAGACAGAUUAACCUUCUCCCUGCUGCCUAACCUGGUAACCAACACAGAUUUGGUGACAAACAGCUACCUUAGCAGACUGAAGGUUAACUCACACUGCCACACCUUAGUCACCCCGCGACCUUACAGCCGACAUUGUUGGGAGUCUGUCUACACCCAGACGUUCACACAUAAACAGCAAGAUGUCUCAACAAAGCAAUGAAACUACAACACUUGGAACUUCAACUCCCUUGUCUUCAGCCCAGCAAACCUCUACAAAAAUGACCACAAACCAAAGACCAACUCCUGUGAUGACCAGUAUUACCAGUACUGAAGCCUCCCCCAGUCUGAAAGCAACACCUGCACCCUCAGGUACAGACUGGGUCGCUAUAGGUGUUGCUAUUGGUCUGAAUCUACUGGCCAUCGCUAUCAUUGCCAGUUUAUACUGUUGGUGGAGAGCUAGAAAGAGGAGAAGACAGGAAUUAGACAGAUCUCCGGUUGGUCUGGAGUUGGGACAUGACAACCCGAUCAUCCCGCGGCCGUCUGGGCGUCAAGUGAGGUCACCCAGCCAAGACUACGUGAAUGACCUAGUGCCUGGCGGUCCCAGGCCAUCCAUCGCUGGGAUUGCAGACGGUUGGGAGAUCCCGGAGACUAACAUCCACCUUCAGACUGAGCUGGGGAGUGGACAGUUUGGUAAGGUGUACAAAGGGGAGGCCUACGGGAUCGACCGACAACAGGAGUGGAGAACAGUGGCCAUAAAGACACUUAGAACAGAAGACCAGAAAGCCCAGGAUGACUUUGUGAAGGAGCAGAGAGUGAUGAGUAAACUGCAACAUGGACAGCUGGUCAGGAUGCUGGGAUGCUGCACUACAUCAGAUCCGUUGCUUCUCAUCAUGGAGUACAUGGAAAACGGUGACCUUGCCAAGUUCCUGAGGAAAAACCAUGAUGAUUUCCAUAGUGACGGGCCCUGCCCUGGUAACCAUGGAGGCCAGCUGUGCCUCACCCCCAAACGACUGGCCACAUUUGCAAAUGACACGGCCAGGGGAAUGGGUUACUUGGAAAGCAAAAAAAUUGUUCAUCGGGACCUUGCAGCUCGUAACAUCCUGUUGAACAAAGACUACAUGUGUAAAGUCAGUGACUUUGGGCUUGCCAGGGCCAUGUAUGAUGCUGAAUCUUACAUGAUUCAGGAUAGGAGCCGACCUCUGCCAGUGUUCUGGAUGUCUUUAGAAUCCCUGUAUGAAGGAGAGUUCACCACCAAGAGUGACGUGUGGGCAUUCGGCAUAGUGCUGUGGGAACUAGCAACACUGGGAGGACGACCCUAUCCUGGUAUGGAUGCGAUGCAAGUCCAGCGGGAGCUGAAGAGAGGCUACCGCAUGCCCAAACCAAGGAACUGUACUGAGGAGAUGUACGUGUUGAUGCGGUGGUGUUGGGAGAGAAACCCCGACCGUCGCCCCACCUUCCGCCAGCUGGUCGCUGAGACAAACAAACUGAAACAAGACAGGCCCAGGCCCAGUGUAAGUGGCAGUACUACUCAGCAGGAUUCAGGAAGGAAACAGUCUUCAGCUUCUGCCUCUUCAGUGUCUUCCGGACGGAGGGAGUCUGCAGAUGUUUCUUCAGGACGAAGACAAUCCUCUGACGUUUCUUCAGGACGAAGACAAUCCUCUGACGUUUCUUCAGGACGAAGACAAUCCUCUGACGUUUCUUCAGGACGAAGACAGUCCUCUGACGUUUCUUCCAGACGUGAAUCCAACAUCGGCCGUUUUGAUGUGCUCUUGGAGUAAAUCCUACCUGCUGUAGUAGCUUAAUUACUGACCUGACCAGUCUGUAUUCAUGGUUACAGGGUUGGGCAGUAGGGAGAAUGUUAAAGGAAUGGACUCUACAUGAUUUGACAUUUACUUUUAAUUUUUUUGCUUGGGGAAUACAAUGUACAAAUGUAUAUAGGUGCACAGAAAACAUUUUGAAAGGUAUUUGAUCUUAGAAAAAUAGUUUGUAAAAUAAAUGUAAUUGAAGACAGGUACCGUAUACAAUCUUAAGAUCAAGAUUCAAAAUUUUUUUGUAGAAACAAUGUUUUGUCCUCAUAAUUUUACAAUAUUUGCUUUUUUACUUUACAAAAGUAAAUUUACCUUGAGCCAUGUUGAUUCCCAAACUGGCUGUUCACUGUGACAUCAGAUGCUGUCAUGAUGAUUACCUUUAUAAAAAAACUUUGACUUACUAAACCUUACUUACUUACUUACUGGCAUACCCUUAAUGCCAGGCCCAUUAUAUAUGGCAGCAACAACCUGGAGUUUGAAAAAUUAUCAUUUGAUGGUGUGAUGUUCAAUAACACAGGUGAAUGGUGUGUAAUUAUUGUGGCACGAAAGGUGCACAGUUAUGUAUAUUAAUUGAAUAAUAGAAAAAAUUCAUGUACAACUACCACUACUAGAUAAGUAUGAUUGUUGUUGAAAUAUAAUCAGAACACAUUUCAUCUUGACUUGAUGUUGCUGUUAUCAUUUAUUACCUUUGCCAGA